CACGGCAAGCAUGGAACACGUUCCAGCUUAUUAGAAACACAAAGCCUUUGGAAGAUAUCGAGUUGUCUCUCCUUUUAGCACGUGCAAUGGCUCCCUCCAGAAGAAAAGAGCUGGAUCUGAAGGAACUGUGCUGAAUGCAGCUCAUUCAUGGAGUAAAGUGAGGCGUUUGAGGAUCAUGAGUACAGGAAUGAAGAAACCACCAGUUGCCCCCAAACCCAAGCUGGUUCAGUCGCAGAAACCAUCACCUCCCCCCAUCGCCCCAAAACCAGAGAUCCUGCUGCCUUCACCCUCACCCACUGCGCACAAGAGAGGAAAACCUGCUGUCGCCCCCAAACCAUGUUUGCCCAAAGCCCCUCAGAAACCUCUCCAGCCAAGACAAGAUCCCUGCAAAACCCAACUUCCCCCUGUCUCCAAAAAUGGGGUUCCUGCUCUACUAUCCUCACACCUGUCACAUUACAUUAUACCACCCAGUACUCAAGGUCAUCAACUAGGUAACAGCAAAUCAGAGGAUUCUAAGGAAGUAUGUGGAACAGCAGAGGUAAGUGUUUUCAAAGAGGGGGACAGCCCAAAAGAACAGUUGUUUUACAAUGACACAUUGGAACAUGCUUCCCGAUCUGAAUGGGAACAAAUGCAUGCUCCCACGGACUCAUCCCACACUUCCACAGAGGCACAGGAAAAACCAAACUCUGCCACACUAGAAAAAGACCAGGCAGGUACACAAAAACAAACUUCUGUGCAGAUCCCAAGACACAGUCCUACGGAAAGUCUGCAGGAAUGGUCUGCAGAGCAGAAACACACCGGGAACUCCAUUUUUAGCUCUUGCACCAGUGACAAUGAUGGUGUUCCUGCACCACCCAGCAAGCCACUCCCCGUACCCCAUCCACGACGCCCUCGGAGGGCACUUCUUAGGCAGAAUGUUGUGGAAACUGCACCUUUGGACACUCAAGCAGAUACACCUACAGAGACUCUUGAACACGUUCAGACAGACACAUUACUAGAAAAUCCCCAAAACACUUCAAAAAGCUGUCACACCUACACGGACACACCUCUAAAUUUAUGUUCCCCUAAAGAUAACACGGAAAACACAGACACUGACUCCUCAACCAACACUGAUUCUUUGCACAAUGUAGACUCUUUUCACAGUGCACAUACUGAAGACGUGCCUCCUGAUCUAGACUCCACCCAUUAUUCAGUUCCGAAAAAUGGUGUAACUUUAGCUUCCAUGAACACAGCUGCGGAGGAGGGGUCGCAACCUCCAGCUCCGCCACCUCGACAGAAAUCCCUCCCACAAAUGGUUGAUUCCUCAUGCAAGGCCUCAACAUUAGUGGACAACUUGCUUUUGCAUUGCCAAUCAGAUCUUCAGGAGGUUGAGUGUAAAGAUGAGGAGGUGCAAAGCGAUGAUGAAGAUGAUGGCACAUAUGGAGAUUUUGCUCGAUACCCAAUAACUCGGAGUCUUCCUAAACAGAUUAAGCUCAGCUGUGGCUCACAAGUGGCAGCUAUAACCAAGCCGUCUCUGGACGGGGAGGAAAAGUCACCGAAAGUCAUGCCUAAAAAGCCCCAACGAAACAGUCUUCCCGCAUCCGUCGUGUUGCAGAAGCAAAGCACGCCUCCACUAACACACACUCCUCCUCCCCUUCCUAACUCCAGUCCUCCCAUAUUCAGAGAUCUUCCAGCACCUCCUCAGGAGAAACCUUCAUGGCGAGUCGCUCUUCCUAACAUCUCUCUCUUCAGUAGGAACCAGCCGACUCGCAGUAACAGCCAACCACAGGCUGGAGGUGUGGGACCUCUUUUCGUCAAACAGAGGGCAAAGUCGUUUUCUUCUGCAGAUCUUCAGAGAGUGGACACCGGAUCCGUAUCUUCCGAGCAGUUGGUGCGCUCCGAUCAAACACGCCGUAGCUUGCGGAAACUUCUAGAGCUGCGUGUGUGUGCACGGUUGCUUCCGAAGUUGCUUCGGAGUGGACAGUCCCUGGAUUGCACUCGUACUGAUGCUGAAUACGAGGAGCAUAAAGCCACGCCCACUAAUCAGGUCGCACCUUGCGAUGAUGAAGAAGCUCAAGCUGACAGUGAGGCUGACUGCGGAGUGGAAUACGAGAACGUCCCAUUAUACGAGGAGAUUCCGGAGUACAUGAACCUGCCCUGGGUUUAUUCAAACCAGGAUGUGAACACAGGCGUGUAUGAAGUUCAGGAACCAUGUAUGACUCUGGAUUUUGUAAGCACAUUCUUGACCUCCAUCACACAUCGGCUUGUCAGUGAUGGGGUCUCAGUGAUGGUGAAAUUACAGCAUUUUUCUGAAUUCGCAGUUGGGUUCCAGAUGCACAGGACGUUGAAUCAAGUUUGUGGUCGUGUAUUUAGAGUUGUCAGCAAGUUGUUACCAACAAAUAUUUUACAAUGUUCUGUGAGUGGUGAUCUGUCAGAGGAUGGAUUGAGCUCUGAGGAAGAUGGCAACAGUUCUGACUCCAGCAAAGAAGACAUGAGCCGUUCAAAAGACAAAGAGGUACUACACCUUUACGCAGACAGACAUAACUACAUCACAGCCAAAUGGAUGUCCAGUGAAGGUGUGUUUAGGGCAGUCAUUAUGCUACACCAUAUCGAUUUCCGAGAUGCAGUUGCCAAAGCGACUCGUGCGAGCGGGAAGCCGCCGGUCGAGGAGAAAGUGUUGAAUCAGAUCUUAUACUAUCUGCCCCAACUCUACGAACUCAAUAAAGACCUGCUGAAAGAGCUGGAGGAGAGAGUGGCCCACUGGUCUGAUCAUCAGAGAUUGGCUGAUAUCUUUGUUCAGAAAGGUCCAUAUCUGAAGAUGUACUCUACCUACAUACGAGAGUUUGACCAUAAUGUGGCUCUGCUGGAUGAACAAUGUCGCAAAAAUCCUCCUUUUGCUAACGUUGUGCGUCAGUUUGAGAUGAGUCCUCGCUGUGCUAGUCUUGCUUUGAAGCAUUACCUGCUGAAACCGGUGCAGCGGAUACCUCAGUACCAGCUCCUGCUCACAGAUUAUUUGAAAAACCUUCCUGAGGAUUCAUCUGACUAUAAAGACACACAAACUGCUCUCAGCGUGGUGAAAGAAGUGGCGAACCACGCGAACGACAUCAUGAAGCAAGGGGAUAACUUUCAGAAGCUGAUGCAGGUUCAAUACAGUCUGAACGGUCACUAUGAAAUCGUCCAGCCUGGCAGGGUUUUCUUAAAGGAGGGCACUCUGAUGAAACUCUCCAGGAAAGUUAUGCAGCCCAGAAUGUUCUUCCUGUUUAAUGAUAUACUGCUGUACACAACACCCGUUCAGUCUGGCCAGUAUAAAGUCAACAGCAUGCUCUCUCUGGCUGGCAUGAAGGUGAGCAAACCAAGUCAGGAGGCCUAUCAGAAUGAGUUAAACAUUGAGAGUGUGGAACGCUCCUUCAUACUGUCUGCCAAUUCAGCCACCGAAAGAGACGAAUGGCUGGAAGCCAUCGCUAAAGCAAUAGAUGACUAUACCAGAAAGAAGAUUUCUUUCUUUUCCAGUCGAAGCCUAGAGUUGGAGGGAAUCUCUGAUGAUGGUCUACCGCUGGGCUCUAAAGCUCCUAUCUGGAUUCCAGAUUUGAGAACGACCAUGUGUAUGAUCUGCACGUGUGAGUUCACGCUCACCUGGAGACGCCACCACUGCCGUGCCUGCGGGAAGGUGGUGUGUCAGGCAUGUUCGUCCAAUAAAUACUACCUGGAAUACCUAAAGAAUCAGCUGGCACGAGUGUGUGACCACUGCUAUAUCAAACUACAGCACAAGGGUGACCAAUCCAAUGUGACCGUUUCCCCAAGUGGGCGGAGUUCAACAUUUGCUUUUUCUAGAAAACAGAAGAAGAUUCCUUCUGCCCUCAAAGAGGUGUCUGCCAACACUGAGAAUUCCUCCAUGAGUGGAUAUCUGCAAAGAUCCAAAGGCCACAAGAAACCAUGGAAGAGGCUGUGGUUCGUCAUUAAGAACAAAGUCCUCUACACUUACGCCGCUAGUGAAAUUGUGACGCAGCAGCAGUUGACUCAGAAGCUGCAGAUAGUCACAGCCAUUGAUCAGGCUGGAGCCGGCAAGCAGCAGUUUAUAUUAGCUAACCUGGAUUACCCCAACCAGGAGAAACUGUUCAUCAAACAAGAGAACUCACCAACCAAGGUCAUCUUAACAUCUGCUGAUGGGUCUGCUGUCAAUCAGCUGCUUUUCGCAUCGCCUGAGCUGACAGGACAACAGAUCCAGUUUGUGACGGAAGGCUCAGAACAGGGCACCCCGAAGCCUCCAGUGGAGUAUUGUGUAGUUUGUGGAGACAAGGCCUCAGGUCGUCAUUAUGGAGCAGUGAGCUGUGAGGGCUGUAAGGGUUUCUUCAAGCGCAGCAUCAGGAAGAAUCUGGUGUACACGUGCCGCGGGUCUGGAGAAUGUGUCAUCAACAAACACCAUCGAAACCGGUGUCAGUACUGCAGACUGCAGCGCUGCAUGGUCCUCGGCAUGAAACAAGAUUCUGUUCAGUGUGAGAGGAAACCGGUGGAGGUGUCGAGAGAGAAGCCAGCAAACUGUGCGCCCUCCAUCGAAAAGAUCUACAUCCGUAAAAACCUCUGCAGCCCGCUCGCCGCCAUGCCAACGUUUGUUAGUGAAAAAGAGACUGCCAGGUCCACCAGUUUACUGGACUCCAACAUGCUCUUGAACAUCCAGCAGUCUCUUUCCAAACUUGACAACACCAUUUUAAUUCCUUCUUCACCAGAUCAGAAUGAUUCUAGUCAAGGAGAUCUGGGUACCUUGGCCAACGUGGUCACAUCACUCGGUCACCUCAGCCAAAGUCGUGAGAUGAUGGACAGCAGCACCGACCUAUCGGGGAUAGAGACCAUGAGUAACGAGGACAGCGUUAUGACGGACAUUCAAAGGGAUGAGUCGAAUGAUGUCACACGGGCCUUUGACACGCUCACAAAGGUGCUUCAUUCGGAGGAGGGUUGUGGGGAAGAGAAUUUUGGGCUGAAAUAUAACCUGGACAGGAAUGUAUAUUGA